AGAGAGAGAGAGAGAGAGAGAGAGAGAGGAAAAAGGGGAGGAGAGUGAAAAAGAGAAGGAGAGAGGGAGAGAGAGAACUUCCCAACUUCUGAACUUCCACCACAGAUCUUACCUCGUCUACUGGGCUCACCCACGCUGCCUCAUUGGUUGAAUGGUGCCUGAGGGACAGUGGCAGGAGAGCCAGCAGCAGUGGCAGCAGAGCCAGCAGCAGUGGCUGUGACAGGGUGGGUGGUUGAGGUGAGCGAGUUGAGCAGAGGUCCCGGGGCCAGAGGAAAGCCGGUGGAUAUUUUUUAAGCCAGCACUUAUCUGAAGCUGACAGCAGGAUGAGAGUGUGAGCCGAGGGUCGCUCGUCCCUCCCUCGCUCCAUCCUUCACUCCCUCGCUCGGCCACGCAGCAUGGAGUCAAGCCCACCGCUGCCCGACGACCACAAACACGGAGAGAGAUAGAGGGAGGCUGAGAGAGUAAGAGACAGAGAGACAGAGAAAGAGAGAGAGAGAAGGGAGUGAAAGGGAGGAAACCGGCUUCACAGGACAGCGGCAGAGACGAGGGUCCGUAACGCUGGAGCUCAAGGACAAACCAUGGACUCUGCACACCUCCCACUACACCUGGACGUCCACAAUGUUCCCUGCUAGCCUUAUGGUUCUAAUGACCCUGCUGCUACCUCAAGUUUUGUCGGGUCGCCAGGGGGGUUCCAGUCACUCUGAUGGGAACCUGCUCACCUCUUUGGAUCCCAGCUUGGCACAGACCAUCCAGAACCUCCUGCUGACCCGACUGGGCCUACAGUCCCAUCCUAACCCUCGACCAGGGGCACUGGUGCCCCAGUAUCUCUUGGACCUCUACCGCUUCCACACAGAACAGUACCAUCUAAUAGAAGAUCCAGACUUCAGCUACCCUACCAAACAUGUACAAGGAGCCAACACAGUUCGCAGCUUCCACCAUGCAGCAUCCCCAGACCUCCCUAGCCAUGGAGACAAAAAAGGCAGGAUCCAUAUGGCCUUCAACCUUUCCUCAAUUCCGUCAUCAGAGAACGUAGUCUCAGCGGAGCUACGGUUCUUACGUGGAGGCUUGGGUCAUAGUUCCAAGCCUCACACCAUCAGCCUUUACCAGUUUGGGGGCAACACUGACUCAAAUUCAAGGUUGCUCUAUUCAAGACAGCUGACUACAGACCCUACAGCCAGGAAGUCCUGGGAAGUCUUCCCCCUGGAUGGGGAACUCUUUCAGAAGCUGCCUGAUUGGUCAGGAAGCAUGUCCUUUAUUCUGGAGGUGACAACCAAUUCAGAAAACAGCAGCCAUCAUCCUGUGGAGGAAGAUGCGGUAGAUGUGGAAGCGGAGGAGCAUCUAAGGGUGCGCAGGUCUGCAGGCCAGGACGAGCGCAGCUGGACAAGACAAAGACCCCUUCUAGUCACUUACAGCCAUGACGGGCGCAGUGAACCACUAGUACCCUUUGGAAGGAGGACCCCCAGGGGCAGGCGGGGAGGGAGCAGGUUAAGAAACAGCAGAAAUCAAGGGUCGGAAACAGGCUGGAGUGGCGGUUGGGCAGACAGGCGAGUGAAGCGCAAUGGCGGUGGGCGCUCCGCUAAGCUUAAGCGACUCUCCCGCGCCCGGUGCCGCCGCCAUCCACUCUACGUGGACUUUAAAGAUGUAGGAUGGAACAAGUGGAUUGUGGCACCAACCGGCUAUGACGCCUUCUUCUGCCUGGGCGAGUGCCGCUUCCCAUUGGCUGACCACAUGAACUCCUCAAGCCACGCUAUGGUGCAGACACUGCUGAACUCUGUCAAUGGAGCCGUGCCAAGGGCCUGCUGUGUGCCCACAGCUCUCAGCCCCAUCGCACUGCUUUAUCUUGACCAGGACGAACAUGUGGUGUUAAAAAACUAUCAGGACAUGGUGGUGGAAGGCUGUGGCUGCCGAUAGCAAGGGGUAGCAAGAGGAAAGAAUGGCCAGUCAAGGUGGAAGGAUCAAGAACUUUAAGCUCUUACAAGAAAGAACCUCUAAGGACUCCAGGGAUCCUCUGGAUGCUUUGAUUUACCGUCUCUUGAUAUACAGUAUGUCACAUAUGUGUCAACCUCUUUCACACAUGCAUGGUAACCCAGGACAUUUCCGGACAUUACCCAAAGAAUCUAUAUGGUAUGGUGUGAUUGGGUACAGGUAAUGUCUGAUUAAGCCUAUUUGUGAAUAGAGCAGGUAAAUUUCCACAGUGGGUCAUGCCAUGCCUCUUGCAUGGGCAGAUCUGGACAUUAUAAUCUCUGGAAAUUGAGGAAGAUCUCAGGCUGUACACUGCCUGUGUAAAAGGGCUGAUCCGGACAUUUGUGUGAUGUAUGCUAUGUGCAAAUGUCUGUAUCAAUUGUACUGGACGUUGUACUCAGACUAUAUCCUGCCAGCACCCUAAUACAAAGUCAGGAAAGUGUCUGAAUGAUAAAUCAGGUAAUGUUUUGGAGAAUCUGAACACAGUGGGACAUUAUCAUCUCCAGAUUAUGUGGAAGAUCUCUGGCUGUACACUGCAUGUGUGAAAGGGCAGCACCGGAUAAUGUCCGGACCUCAUUAUCCGGAGGUCAUGUGUAAAAACGGCUUAUGUUGUGUACCUUGUAAAGGUUCUGCUGCCCACACAUAUUCCACUCACAUCAUUGUGUUCUGAACUGUCCUAUGAAAACAGCGCAGCCAUGUGUCUUGGUGCAAAUGUUGUGUCAGUAUCAAUGUUGUGUCGUGUUUUUCCGCCCUGUCCCGCACUUUGUUCUCACAUUGCCUUUGCUUCAGAAGGGAACAGCAGAUCUCCUGUCGGAAAAAGGACAAGAGAUGCUACGUGCAUUAAUGACAUGCUGACUGUGAAGCAAAACGAAGCCACGUGUCACACGCAUCAGUGCGUACAUAGACAAUAUCAUUAUCAUUAUCUCUCAAAUGAUGACACAAAAAUACUGAAAGAAGUGCAAUUCCAGAAGACGAAAAAAAGGACUCUCCACAAGCACUUCCCAUCAGAAAUAUAUUUAAAUCCUAAUGCUAUUUUUGAAUAACUAUUAUGCUAUUGUUUGAAUGUAUAAGUGCUAUUAUUUAUGGUGGAUCUUUUAUGUUAAUUUACAUUGCAGUCAAAAGUUCAAAGUUGCUAAACAAUUAACAUCUAUGGUCUUAAAAUAAAUCUAAUUUAAGAGAACAUAUCUAUAUAUAUAUAUAUGUAUAUCUAUUUAAAUAGCAAACAAGUAUGAUGUAUUUAAUCUUGACAAAUAUUGCAGAUAUGCAUAUCGCAAAGGUCUCACACAUACAGUGAAGGUAGCUCAAAACUGGUCGCAUUUAUCUAUGUAUAAAAAUGGAAUCAUGGUAGCUUCUCCGUGUUCUACAAAACUACAAAACAAACAAAAAUGGAAUACUGCCAUACUAAAUACCAUAUAUCUGUUAUGCCUGAAGGUAUGAUAAAAUGUUUUACAUAGAACUCAGUGUAAUGUACUCUCAUUACUCUCAUGUUACCAUUACACGCAUCUGGACCAAACUAUUUGUAUGUAUGUCUGAAAAGGGAACCACUGUAUUUAAAAAAAAAAAAAAACUGAAAAUCUAACUCUUUGUUCAUUUUUGUUCCAGCCAAUCACAUCUUUAAAACUGUUCUGCCAUUGUUUCUUGUUUAUACUUUACCAGUGUGAUGCCUUCCUUCCACAGCUGCAUUUAAGCACCAGUCUAUGGAAAGUCUGAUGUUGUCUGAAGAUGAAGUCAAAUAUAAAAAAAUAAACAGAAUACUGAUCACGCA